AUGGAACUAAAAAUUCUUGCAAGCAUUGUGGGAAAUUGCAUUUUGGAGAGUGUCGAUUCAAGGGCAAGCCAAAAUGCUAUAACUGACAAGUUUGGCCACAUAGCAAAAGACUGCUAUAGCAAGAAACCAGUGCAGCAACUUCAGUAUGCUGCUCAAGUAACCUCUUCACCAACUGUGUUCUAUGUCAAUAAUGCAGUUGACAAAAGGUCCAUGGAAGAUGUAUGGUAUUUGGAUAGUGGGUGUAGUAACCAUAUGACUGGCAGAGAAGAUGUUUUGACUGAUAUUGAUAGGAGUAUAACGGAAAAAGUUGCAAUUGGGACAGGACAGUUGGUCAAUGUUAUUGGAAAAGGAAGCUUGAUGGUUGAAACUAAGAUGGGAAAAAGAUAUAUUAAGGAGGUGUUGUUAGUAUCUGGUCUCAAGGAAAAUCUACUCAGUGUUGGACAGAUGAUGGAGCACAGAUAUUUCCUGAUUUUUGGAGAUAACAAGGCAGAAAUUUAUGAUGAUUGCUCACUCUCUAAUCUGGUGGCCAGGGUGCAAAUGAAGGGAAAUAGAAGUUUUCCUUUGAAACUUCAAAUAGACUUACAUUUUUCACUAAAAGCAAGCAUAAGUCAAUCAACAUUGAUUUGGCAUAGGAGAAUGGGACACUUAAACUUCCAAAGCUUGAAACUAUUGCAGAAUGAAGAUAUGGUACUCAGUCUGCCAGAAAUUAAAAAUACAAGUGAAGUGUGUGAGGGGUGUACUUUUGGAAAACAUUGCAGGAAGUCUUUUCCAAAAGAAGCAACCAGUAGGGUCACAACUCCACUAGAAUUUGUACACACUGAUGUGUGUGGACCAAUGCAAAUUGUUACAAAAGCAGGAAACAAGUAUUUUCUUACCUUUAUAGAUGACUGUACUCGAAUGUGCUGCAUCUAUUUCUUGAGAUACAAAUCUGAGGUAUUAACUAUGUUUAAGAAGUUUAAGGCUACUAUUGAAUUGCAAAGUGGUUAUAAGCUUAAGAAAUUGAGAAGUGACAGAGGAGGAGAGUAUACCUCUAAUGAGUUUAAUAGAUUUUGUGAUGAAAUGGGGAUGGAGAGGCACUUACGGUGGCAUAUUCACCACAGCAGAACGGUGUGGCUGAGAGAAAGAACAGAACCAUAG